GUCUAAAAGGCACGUCGUCCUUGGACAAAGGAUUUGUUUGGAUUUAUCACUACCAAUCCAUAGGGUAUUCUGAGUGUUUGACCUCACGCUACAUUUGAAUUAUUUUCUGAUGUGGUCUUAGGAAUUGAUGAUAGAUUUUGUUAUAAGGAUUCGCAUUCUUUUUAUGAUGUCAUCUGAUAUUAGUGACUUUACGUAUGACAAACUAUUGUCGCUUGCCUCACGGUAUAACAGACGUCUUCAACAAGAUAAAAUGAGUCGCUUACCGUUUCUGGACGGUGCCACAGGUAUAGCUCAAAGACCAUGUUUGCUGUAUCGGAACCAGAGUGAAAGAGAAGGAGGCUAUUUAACUCAGAUAUAUCGUUAUCGUCCGCACAGAUGGAAGAAAAGCAGACGAACUGGUCAACUCCCAUCUUUUCUGUAUCACGGCGAUUUUUUAAAUGGAAAUACCAGAAUCGAUCGUUUCAACAAUGUGCCAGGAAAUGAUCUGAAUUCCAGAGAAGUGGACGAUGAUGACAGCCGAAGUACAUGGGCUGCUUGUCCAGAAUAUGAUGUGGACUCUGACACUAGUGAUAUUGCAGAUGAAAAUUUCAGCGUGCGCAGGCGUCGAAGAAAGGGAAGGACCCCGCGCAUCAGCCGAUCAGCUCACUCGGGACCAGGUCGACGCCGAUCUGCAUAUUCUGGAUUUGAUGAUGAUUCAAACGACCGUCAAACUUCUUUACCAGUAUUUCUGUGCGAAUUUUGUGGUGUGCGAUAUAGAUCACGGGCUGGAUUGAACUAUCAUAUAAAUUCACAGCAUUCUGAGACUCCACGAAUGAGUUGCGCACGUCCAGCCUUUAUGUCACCUUAUCGAGGUGAUCAUCAUCAGUCUCACCAUCAACAACAGCAACAACCCCAUCAACCUCAGACUAAUCAUUUGCUCAAUGGAUCGUUAAAUAAUUCAGGAAUUACUAGCAGUUAUUCAUCUAGUUCGCAUUCCAAUCAUGUAACUAACAAGAAUAGUGAAAAUAUUAAUCCACUUCCUUCAAAUGGUCCAGUUGCCUCCUCAAGAAUUCGACCUUCAGUUGUUGAACAAGGUGGUAGUUUAAUUAUUGAAGCACGUGGUUGGAAAGAUAUGAAUGCUACAGACUCAGCAGAAUAUACUUGUGACUUCUGUCUUGGCAAUGAAAGAUUGAAUAAGAAGACUGGACAGUCAGAAGAUAUGUUAAGAUGUUCGGAUUGCGGACGAUUCGCUCACUUCUCGUGCCUACAAUUUACACCGAAUAUGAUUACUUCUGUACAUACUUAUCGUUGGCAGUGCAUAGAAUGCAAGACAUGCUGGCUUUGUGGGACUUCAGAAAAUGAUGAACAAAUGCUCUUCUGUGACGAUUGUGAUCGAGGUUAUCAUAUGUACUGUUUAAGUCCACCAUUAUCUGAACCACCCGAGGGCAGUUGGAGUUGUAAACUGUGUGUUGAACGUUUCCAGUCAACUGCUGCUUCCUUUUCUUCUACCUCUUUAAUUGAAGUUAAUACAAUAAAAAAGUCUGAUACUAGUAACAAUUCAAUAAAUCAUAGUAGUAGUAGUAAUAAUGACACAAGAAGUAUUUACGGAACGAAUUUGAAUGUGCCUUGUCCUUCAACAGCAACAGCAACGCCAGUGUCGUCGUCAUCGUCUGUCGGUGGUGGCGGUGUUUUCCAACCUUCCUUCAACGUUGCCACCUCCUCCUCUUCCUCCGCAUCUUCUUCUUCCUCUUCGACAUCAUCAGUCACCUCCUCCGUGUCAUCGUCGUCGUCGUCCUCCUCGGCUGCACUUUUUCAACCGUCAACACAUCUUCAACAAAUCCUGAUCAAUCAUAUAGAUCCAUCUGUUUCUUAGCCUGUUGUCUUCUACUAUUGAUGAAUAAUGUUUAUGAUCUUCGAGUAUGAUUCUUCUUUCUUUUUUUAUUUAACUAGGAAAACUUUUAUUCUAUAAUUGUGUUUUUAUAAUGAAUAAAUAAUUUUAAUCUAUGUAUGUAUGUAUGUGUAGGAUUUUCAAAUUUUUAUUCUUUAUUCAUUUAUUAUCAUCUCAACAGUUAAUUUCUACUUCCUUAUAUAUACAUCGUGUUGAAACUAACUACUUUUCUGGUUAUCUAUUUAUCUAUAAGAUGAUGAAGCUGAUUUUAAUUAAUUUCACGCAAAAAAGUAUGAAACGGUUUAAACCCCCUUUUUCUCUCCCUCUGCUUACUUGAUUGUUAUUAUUACUUGUAUUGUUUUUAUCUAUUUAUUUAUUUAUUUAUUAUUAUUAUUGAUAUGUUGCUCUAAUUUGACUGAGAAAUGCAUCAUUUUUGUGUUUCACACAUUACUAUUAUUAUUAUGUCUUUUCACAUUUUUUGAAUUUUAAUACACACAUACCCUGUCUCUCCGAUCUCUAAGGUUGUCAGAACGACAGCCAACCGCAAUGACCCUCCCCUCGCUCCCCCCCCCCAGAAAAAACAAAACACCACACUAACAUCUGUAUGCAUAAAUUGGAGCCAAUUGCUUUUCUUUUUCUUCUUUCAACCAUUGUUUGUUUAUUACUACUAGUAUUAUCACAUGGUGUGAAACAACCUUUUGAUAGGUUGUGGGACUAUACGACUACCCUACUUCUGUUGUCGACAUCCGCACUGCCCCCCACGCCACCAUCCCAACACUUUUUUGUGUGCUUUUCAUUUCUGUUUUACACUUUGUUUUACAUGUUUUGAUGACGUGCUCGAAGCAAUGCAGAAAGAGUUUUAAUGAUCUCGAGUGUACGUAUGUGUAUGUAUUUGCUUUAUUUACUCGAUUGUGCUUAGUUUUAGUUGUAUAUUUACUUACUACUACUUCAUAUAUGUGAUACACCUUUUCCUUCAGGUGUUUCUCUUUGUGUACUGUGCUGUGCUGUGCAGUUGUUAUGCGAUUUUACAAACUGACGGACUUUGAUUUUGACUUGAUUUAUUUAUUUCCUUGACUUAUUCGUUAGUUUGUAUGCUUGUGUGUGUGUAUGUGCGUGUGUGCGUGCAUACGUGUGUGCGGUUGUAUGAAAUGUGAUCUCUGCUUCUUCGACCUCUAUUGCUCUGAGUAUUUUGAGUUCAGUAUUUUAUAUAAGCAAACUUUUAAUGAUCACGGUAGUUUUUUUACAUUUCUACCUUUGUGCAAGCACAUAUAUGUAUAAUUGUUCAUAUUAUUAUUGUCGAGAUUUCCGAGUGGCUGAGUUGAGUUCAUUUCUAAUGCUACUGAGGCCAACAGUUGUUGUUGCUGUUUUUUCUUCUCUCAAGCAUUUUUCAUUAUUGACAGGUGUUUUGUGUGGUGCGAUACACUUAUAAUUAUUGUUUUUGUCAAGUUAUUGCAUUAUUACUCUUAUUUCCACUCCCACUCUCUUAUUAUUACUAUUAUUCUAUUGUUGUUAUUACCAGUAUGACGACUAUAUAACCUGUUUAUGGUGAACCCUAACAUUAUGAUUAUUGUCAAAUAUUAUGUGUAUUUAAUGUAUAUCUAUCUGUGUAAAUGUCUCUGUUAUUCCAUUCAAAUAAUGGUAUUGAGACUCUUCUCCUUUUUUUUCUACUACGACACAAUAGUAGUAUAUUUUGUACAAUUAUUACUAUUAUUAUUAUUACUACUAUUAUUUCUUAACUUGUCUCACAUACAUAUAUGAAUUGUGUACAUUCGUGUCAAGGGUAUUUUAAAAAUUGCCUAUUUCUUCUUGAAUCAAUUAAUUA